AAUUGUUGGGUCACUGAAAGGUACAAUGAUCUUCCUGACAAGCUGGAUUCCUGUCCUAACUACGUUUCUGCUUCUCUUAUAUUUCUGGAGAGCAAAGGUCUCUGCCUCUGGAACAUCCGAGGAGGAGGCAAUAGACCCCAAGUAUGUUAUCAUAGGAGUUACCCUGGGAGUCUUCCUAGCAAUUGGUUUUUUAGCACUAAAGAUCUGCAUGAUCAAAAGGCAAUUGAUUGACAAUGACUUUGUAGAUUCAGACAACAGAGUGGAUAAAAGGUCACACGUGGAAUCCGCUGCGAUGAGAGAAGAAGUCAAUUUAUAAGAACAGCAAAAUACAACGGACCUC